GCCGAGAGCCGGUGACCACUCACUUCCUUCAGGCUCGGUCCCUCUUCCUUACUGGAAAAGGGCACUUUAGAAAGAGAAGGGGGGAUGGUUAAGCGGCUUCUCUUCUCACUUCUUCACCACGGGCAUCGUGAGGGGAGCUUCAAGCGCUUGCGAGCUUCGGAGGUCCAGCCCGCUAUGGAACUCUUUUGUUGUCUCUUCUGAAAGUUGGUGGAGGGACACCACCCCCCCGAGGCAUUUCCCCGCCUUUUCUCUUGCUGGCCGCCUCACAAAACAGGAGAGGGAACCGAGGAAAAGUUUCAAGGGCGCUUCUUUGCGGGGACAGGGGUGGCGGUGGAAAGAAACAAUGACAGAAGAAAGCAAAGGGGAAGGCAAAGGAGAAAGCGGGAAAGACCUGGAGAAGCAGCUGCGGCUCAGGGUGUGCGUUUUGAACGAGCUGCUGAAGACGGAGCGUGACUAUGUGGGCACUUUGGAGUUUUUGGUGUCGGCAUUCCUUCACAGAAUAAUGCAAUGGGCCUUCUCCAAGGUUGAUAAAAAUGUCUCAGAAGAAACAGUUAAGACAUUGUUCUCAAACAUUGAAGAUAUUCUUGAAGUACACAAGGAUUUCCUGUCCAGUAUCGAGGAGUGUCUACAUCCUGAGCCUAAUGCUCAACAAGAAGUGGGAGCCUGCUUUCUUCACUUUAAAGACAGAUUUCAGAUCUAUGAUGAAUACUGCAGUAACCAUGAGAAGGCACAAAAACUUCUGCUUGAACUUAACAAAAUAAGAGCAGUACGGACUUUUCUACUGAACUGCAUGCUUUUAGGAGGAUGCAAGAAUAUUGAUGUGCCACUAGAAGGUUACUUAGUAACACCAAUCCAGAGAAUAUGCAAGUAUCCACUUCUUUUGAAGGAAUUGAUAAAGCGCACUCCCAAAAAACACAGCGACUACUCUGUCUUAAUGGAAGCACUCCAAGCUAUGAAAGCUGUCUGCUCCAACAUAAAUGAGGCCAAGAGACAGAUGGAAAAAUUAGAGGUUUUAGAAGAAUGGCAGUCUCACAUUGAAGGAUGGGAGGGAUCUAACAUCAUAGACACGUGCACAGAAAUGCUGAUGUAUGGAAUUUUGCUGAAAAUAUCUGCAGGAAAUAUUCAGGAGCGGGUGUUUUUUCUUUUUGACAAUCUUUUGGUCUAUUGCAAAAGAAAACAUAGACGAUUGAAGAACAGCAAAGCAUCUACAGAAGGCCAUCGUUAUCUCUUCCGGGGCAGAAUAAACACAGAGGUGAUGGAAGUGGAGAAUGUAGAUGACGGUACAGCUGACUAUCACAGCAGUGGCCACAUUGUUCUCAAUGGUUGGAAGAUACACAACACAGCAAAGAAUAAGUGGUUUGUAUGCAUGGCCAAAACACCUGAAGAAAAGCAGGAAUGGUUGGAAGCUAUUCUGAAAGAAAGAGAAAGAAGAAAAGGGCUAAAACUAGGCAUGGAACAAGAUACUUGGGUGAUGAUCUCUGAACAAGGAGAGAAGCUUUAUAAAAUGAUGUGCAGACAAGGGAAUUUGAUCAAAGACCGGAAGAGAAAAUUAACCACGUUCCCAAAAUGCUUUCUUGGAAGUGAGUUUGUGUCCUGGUUGUUGGAAAUUGGAGAGAUCCACAGACCUGAAGAAGGUGUCCAUCUUGGUCAAGCUUUGCUAGAGAAUGGCAUUAUCCACCAUGUUACUGACAAGCAUCAGUUCAAACCUGAACACGUGCUAUACAGAUUCCGUUACGAUGAUGGCACAUACUACCCAAGAAGUGAAAUGCAGGAUGUAAUUUCCAAGGGUGUAAGAUUAUAUUGUCGUCUGCACAGUCUGUUUACUCCUGUGGUAAGAGAUAAAGAUUACCAUCUAAGAACCUACAAAUCCAUAGUCAUGGCGAAUAAAUUGAUAGAUUGGCUAAUAGCACAGGGAGAUUGCAAGACAAGAGAAGAAGCAAUUAUCUUUGGAAUAGCACUUUGUGACAAUGGAUUUAUGCACCAUGUUCUGGAAAAAAGUGAAUUCAAAGAUGAACCACUUCUCUUUCGUUUUUUUGCGGAUGAAGAAAUGGAAGGCUCAAACAUGAAGCACAGACUCAUGAAACAUGAUUUGAAAGUUGUGGAAAAUGUAAUAGCCAAAUCACUGCUGAUUAAAUCAACUGAAGGAAGCUAUGGCUUCAGCUUGGAAGACAAAAACAAAGUGCCAAUAAUUAAAAUAGUGGAGAAAGGAUCGAAUGCUGAGAUGGCUGGUCUGGAAGUUGGGAAAAAGAUCUUUGCCAUUAAUGGUGACCUAGUUUUUCUGAGACCCUUCAGUGAACUGAAUAGCUUUCUAAAAAACUGUUUAAGCAGCAGACAGCCCCUCAGGGUACUUGUGAGCACAAAACCUAGGGAGACAGUGAAGAUCCCUGACUCUGUGGAUGGCCUUGGAUUCCAAAUACGAGGCUUUGGUCCUUCUGUUGUCCAUGCUGUUGGGAGAGGAACUGUAGCAGCAGCAGCUGGCCUCCACCCUGGACAGUGCAUAAUUAAAGUGAAUGGAAUUAAUGUCAGCAAAGAAACUCAUGCAAGUGUUAUUGCCCAUGUGACAGCCUGCAGGAAAUACAGACGUCCAAUGCAUCAAGAUUCUAUUCAGUGGGUAUAUAACAGCAUUGAGAGCGCCCAGGAAGAUCUUCAGAAAAUGAACUCUAAACCCUUGGUGGAUGAUGGAGGAGAUGCCUUUGACUGCAAAGUGGAAGAAGUAAUUGACAAAUUUAAUACUAUGGCAAUAAUUGAUGGACGGAAGGACCAUGUCAGUCUGACUGUUGAUAACGUUCAUCUGGAAUAUGGUGUAGUUUAUGAGUAUGACAGCACUGCAGGGAUAAAAUGCCAUGUUUUGGAAAAGAUGAUUGAACCAAAGGGCUUUUUCAGCUUGACUGCAAAGAUUCUUGAAGCACUAGCAAAAAGUGAUGAGCAAUUUGUGCAAAACUGUAACAGUCUAAAUAGUUUAAAUGAAGUGAUCCCCACCGACCUUCAGAGUAAAUUUAGUGCUAUUUGCAGUGAGAAAAUUGAACAUAUUUGCAGAAGGGUCACUAGUUACAAAAAGUUUUCACUGGUCUUAAAAAAUCGAGCUUGGCCUACCUUCAAGCAAGCUAAGUCAAAGAUCUCACCGCUACACAGCAGUGACUUCUGUCCAACUAACUGCCAUAUCAAUGUGAUGGAAGUCUCGUAUCCUAAAACUUUAACAUCACUUGGGAGUGCUUUUGGUGUUCAGCUAGACAGCAGAAGACAUCUUUCACAUGAAAAAGAAAACAAGCAUACUGACCAAGGUAAACUGAGUCCCAUGGUUUAUAUACAACAUACAAUUACCACUAUGGCAGCGCCAUCAGGACACUCUUUAGGUCAACAAGAUGGCCAUGGUUUGAGAUACCUGUUAAAAGAAGAGGAUCUGGAAACACAAGAAGUAUAUCAGAAAUUGUUGUGCAAAUUGCAAGCAGCUCUAAAGGAGGUUGAAAACUGUGUUUCUCAAAUAGAUAACCUUCUUUCUUCAAUGACAUAUUCUCCACGAUCAGAACGUAAAAGCCAUGAGCCAUUAACAUCAACAGACAGUGAUAAUGAAAAGGGAGAACGAAAUGGGAAAAAGGUCUGUUUCAGCGUGGCAGGGGAUGAGCAAGAAGAUUCUGGUCACGACACCAUUAGCAACCGGGAUUCAUAUAGUGAUUGCAACAGCAACAGAAAUUCUAUUGCUUCUUUUACCAGUAUUUGCAGUAGCCAAUGCAGUUCUUACUUUCACAGUGAUGAAAUGGAUUCAGGCGAUGAACUUCCUCUAAGUAUACACAUCUCUCAUGACAAGCAGGACAAACUCCAUGGUUGUUUGGAGCAUCUUUUUGGUCAGGUAGAUUCAAUUAUCAAUCUACUGAAAGGACCAGCAGUAGCAAGAGCCUUUGAGCAGACAAAGUUCUUCACACCAGGUCGAAGCUUGCAAGAGUUUCAGCAAGAAAUUGAACCUAAACUCAGCUGUCCAAAGAGAUUGAGACUUCACAUCAAGCAAGACCCUUGGAAUCUUCCUAGCAGUGUCCAAAAUCUUUCCCAAAACAUCAGAAAAUUUGUUGAAGAAGUGAAAGCAAGAGUCCUCUUGGCACUCCUUGAAUAUACAGAUAGUGAGAUACAGCUCAGGCGAGACAUGGUCUUCUGCCAGAGUCUAGUGGCCACAGUUUGUGCUUUUUCAGAGCAACUAAUGGCUGCCUUAAAUCAGAUGUUUGACAAUAGCAAGGAGUGCGAAAUGGAGACACAAGAGGCCAGUAGAAGAUGGUUGGAACAGAUAGCCAGUGCAGGUGUCCUCCUCCACUUCCAGUCACUGCUGUCACCGAAUAUGACUGAUGAACAAGCUAUGCUGGAAGACACAUUGAUUGCAUUGUUUGACCUGGAGAAAGUUACAUUUUCUUUUAAACAAUCAGAACAAGAGCCUCUAGUUGCAAAUAUGCCAAUUCCAUAUCAAGCAGAAGGAAGCCGGCAAGCUUUGAAAGUUUAUUUUUAUCUUGAUGGUUACAAUUUUGAACAACUUCCUCAAAGACUGAAGAAUGGUGGAAGUUUUAAAAUUUAUCCAGUCCUCUUUGCGCAAGCUCUGGAAAGCAUGGAAGGCUAUUAUUAUAGAGACAAUGUAUCAGUAGAAGAAUUUCAAGCUCAGGUUAAUGCAGCUUCUUUGGAAAAAGUGAAGCAGUAUAACCAAAAACUCAGGGCAUUUUACCUGGACAAGUCAAAUCUUCCUCCUAAUUCAACCUCAAAAGCUGCUUAUAUAGACAAGCUGAUGCGGCCUGUCAAUACUCUGGAUGAACUUUAUCGACUAAUGGUGUCUUUCAUACGAUCCAAGCGCACACCAACCUGUGCUUACACAGCUUGCAGUGCUUCGGGAGUUGGGCUACUGUCAGUCUCUUCAGAACUCUGUAGCAGACUUGGAGCUUGCCAUAUCAUCAUGUGCAACAGUGGAGUUCACCGGUGCACUCUGAGUGUCACUCUGGAACAGGCUAUAAUUCUCGCUCGGAGUCAUGGCUUACCUCCUCGCUAUAUCCUGCAAGCUACAGAUGUGAUGCGCAAACAAGGAGCUCGAGUGCAGAACACUGCCAAGAAUUUAGGAGUUAGGGACCGAACACCAUUGUCUGCUCCAAGGUUGUACAAGCUAUGUCAGCCACCACCUCCCAUUGGAGAAGAGUAAAGACUCCUGUUGGAGGAAUAAUCAAAAUGCCAGUUUCCAUGACGCUGAAGUAAAACACGAGCACAACAGUCUUCAAUAGAAUGUGCCUUGCCUAUGGAUAAACAGCAGCACUUAGCUUCAGAUAGAGCAGUGUUUCAUCUUGAAUGUGACUUAGCCAAUGAGGACAAGUAUUUCUGAGAAAAAUUGAUAUCUAGAUUUGAUCUGUUUGCUCUGUGAACAUUUAACACUGGUAUAAGGCUGCAUUGUAAGAGGUUGUUUCAACAGUGCCAAUCACCCAAUUAACAAUAUGAACAAAAAGAUGCAGCAUAGAAUGGAGAAACACUGUAACAGACCCUUUCAAAAAGUGAUGUAUUGAUCCAGAGGAAGAUGAAACAAUCACUAGUUUAAUAUUAUGCUACGCUUUUGUAGUGCCUUGCACACAUUACCCCUCCCCCCGAUAUUCUAAUUUCAUAGUUAGAGCUGUACUUGAAAUUAGCAUUUUGAUGAGGAUGCAGUUAAUUACUAAAACCAAAUAAUAGAAAUAGAAAAAUACAAGUGAACUUGUGUUCCUCCUUUUUUAAAUUUGCACAGUGGGACUUGAAGAUCACAUAUAAUGGGAUUCAUCUGAAGUUCACAGAUUGCACUGUGCACAAGAUUUCUCGAUUGCCACUUCACAGUUACAGGAGAAGCAUGCCUUAUAUGCACUUCUGAUCUGCAUCUUCUUUGUAUUGAAAUUUAUUUGAGAAAAGAGAUGAUGUUGCUACUUCAGACGAAUGUAGAUGGAUUAGUUAUAUGAAAAUUAUUGUUCCUAAUCAUAUUUACAGGAAUGCUGUGCUUACUUUCCAUGACUUGAUAAUAGUGAUAUUCAUUCCGCAUAAUAAACUUAUUUUUUUCACAUUGAGAUCAGGGAUUAGAAGAGGCAAGGGGAUUGUGAAGAAUAAAAAUUCUGAUCAUUGGGCUCCUUAAUGAUUGUUCAGAACCACUGUAAGGAGUGUUGCCUGUGAUGAUGAACUCUUUGGCAAAAGGAAUUUUUAAACAUGCUGAAUCUGUGAUGCUUAACUGAGCAUUCUGUAUUUUUGUACUUGUGUAAAAGAUUAACAGUUUCAAUUAUAUAUUUGCAUGAGAAUAAAGAUUUUGAUAAGGAAAAGUUUUACCAACUACUGGGUAUUGUAGUUAAAGGUUUGUAAUCUUUCUUUAAACAACUUGGAAAAUUAUGUAGUAGAAAUAUCUAAAUGCAAAAUGUUUGCAAAGUAAUAUUUUCUGACAGCAUACUUCAAUUUAAUUGAGAAAUGACAUUACAUUUAUGUUGUGAACAGCCAUAGACCAUAGUAACAAUAAGAAAAUCAGAGAACAUAUAACACAAUAAAAUAUAUAAAUGAUCCAUCUAGAAAUGCACAGAGAAUUAACAGCUUUCCAGAUAAUAUAAUUAGCAUUAAAACAUGGGGGUGGGGGAAGGCAAAAUUGAUCUGGCUGGCCACUAUCAGAUACAUAAUGUUAGACUAAUUGCAAUCCUAUAUGUCUACUCAAAAGUAGUUUAAACCCUUUGAGUUCAAUGGAGCUUACUCCCAGGAAAGGAGUUACUUAAAUGGAGACUUGUAGGAGUCAUUUUUAUACUAAUUAAUAAAAUUAGCACUAUUAAUUGAAUCUGUUUCCUCAGUCAGAGGAGGCACCUUCUACUGAAUGAGGGGAACUUUUGGAUCUAACCCAAUAAUUUUUUCCUCUGAAUCUUGUUCUGACUAAAAUGCAACGAAUAAUCCUCCUUUUUAUUAAAACUUCUAGUAGGCAAUAAAUAAUUAUGGAGUUGCUGCAAAUUGUCUGCUAUACCUACAUUAUACUGGGGACUAUCUAUCUAAGGAAUAAAUUAUAGGAAACAAGAAAAGUCUUCACUACCCACAAACUCUUAAAGAACUCAAAAACAAGUAAAAACAGAACAUUCCUCUGUGUCUGCAAAUCAUGCUAACUAUCACUGAGCUUUUCUAUGUAAAAGACUCAGAACGUGAAAGCAACAAUUAAUAGCAAAUACUCCUCUCCAACUUUUCCCAAACUAGUCAGCCUCAGGUGUCUCAAACAGUGCAUUUAUUUGAAAAGAAUGGGAGGGUGUUUUUUUAAAAAUCUGUGUGCUGCAGAUUAAUAGGAAUUACCUGAAAGCACUGCCCCCUGCAGCACUAUGAUCAAGAAGGUGGUCACACAGGAAAAUAUUCUACACAUAUAUUCACACUAGGAAUGCAGUAGGACCACUUCCAUGCUAAAGCAUAACAUUUGGUUUGACACUAAACUAUAGUUUAGCAUGUUGAAAAUGGGCUACAGUGAGCCUUCUGCUCUCACACUCCCACUUUCCCUCUCCUCUCAUGCGAUAAUAAAGAGAAAAUCGGAAGCGUUUGCUUCCAGUUUCAAUCUUCCAGGUUUUCAUGUAUAAUACAAAUCCUAAAGGGAUGGAGAACACCUAAACCAGAGUUGUUGGACUGCAACUCCCAUCAGCUUCAGCUGGCAAGCCCAAAUUCUCUGACCUUGCCCUAAAUUGGUUAAUGUUAAGUAUGGUUUGUUAAGCCUAUUUCCAUAACUACAUCUCGCUCGCUGGAUUAGGGUAGCAUGGUGCAUAUAGCAAGGAAUGAAUCCUUCAUGCAAAUUCACUUUUUGAACUGUAAUUGCAUAUGUCCCUUCCAAAAUCUUGAACUUUAUGUUUUAAUAUAUCUGGUUCUAAAAUGUAAAAGUAAUUUCAAACUGUCCACUGAGAAAAUCACAUUAAACAUUUCUCAGAUUUGGUUAUAAAUGACAUUUUAAUGGUAGAAAUGUUUGCUGAGAACUGAAAUCUUGCCAUUUGGACAUGAUGAUUGCUACUGCAGCUCAAAAACACAAUUUAGUAUACUCCAUUAGUGCCUGUGACAUAUUUCUACUGAACUCACAUUGGUGACUGUCCUGAUAUUGUAAUUAUCUUACUGUUUUUCCAACAAUUCAUAUAUUCCUAUCAAUUUUUAAAGAAUGUAGCAGCAUUAUUAGUUUGUAGCAUCAUGUAUAUAGUGUAAGAAAUCCAGUAAACGUGUCCUUUGACAAAAAAAAGUUAGUUUUCAUAUUUUUGUUCUUGCAGUUCUAGAUUUUACAAAAGGAGAAUAUAUUUUUUUAAUUA